AUGCUAGCACACAACCUGAUCAAGGACACGACUUUUGGAUAUCUUCUGCGCGCUUUAUUGGGACCCUCUGUUCUUCCGCACCCUGACGAACUAGACGUUCAGAACGUUUACGGAUGGUCUAUCGACAAGCGCCGCUCUCCCUCGGUAGAUAAUGCCGAGUUCCAUGAGCAAGGUGCUUCUCCAGCUCCCACUGACGUCCGUACAAGCGGAGUCACCUUCGACGCAGACGAGAAAGUCGGCAACGUCGUUGUAGGAUGGUAUGGGUCAGACGACCCCGAUAAUCCUCAGAACUGGAGUUCGGCGAAGAAAGUGUGGGUUCUGUUUCAGACCUGCUAUCUGACUUUCGCGGUCUACAUCGGCUCUUCGAUUUACACUGGCGGCAUAAAGGAUGUCGAAGCUCAAUUCAACGUCAGCCAGGUCGCUGCCACGCUUGGCCUUACCAUGUUCGUGUUAGGCUACGGCGCGGGUCCAAUGUUUUUUGCUCCCCUUUCUGAGCUACCCCAGAUCGGUCGCCUGCCCAUCUACAUGGGCACGCUGGUGGCCUUCGUCCUAUUCUUGAUACCCACCGCGCUGGCUACGAACUUCGGCAUGCUGUUGGCGUUCCGAUUUCUGACCGGCUUCUUCGCUUCUCCUGCUUUGGCCAACGGCGGUGCUACCAUCGCGGAUAUGAUCAGCCCUAAACGGAGAGCCUACGCCAUCUACAUUUGGGGUAUCGGCAGCACAUGCGGGCCUGUGCUGGGACCACUUCUCGGCUCGUUCUCAGCUCACGCGAAGGGGUGGACCUGGACGAUGUGGGUGCUUAUGUGGUUGUCCGGGUCUGCGCUGGUCCUCCUCUUUUUCUUCUUCCCCGAGACUUCCCCGGACAAUAUCCUCUACCGGCGCGCGCAGCGUCUACGACAAGCUACUGGUGACCAUACUCUACGUGCCCAGUCCGAGAUCGACGCAUCGCAAAGGACCGCACGCGAGCGUCUGACGGCCUCGAUGGUCAUGCCGAUCGUCCUCAACUUCACAGAGCCUAUUGUCCUCGUACUGAACAUCUACAUUGGACUCGUUUACGCGCUUCUCUAUCUAUGGUUCGAGAGCUUUCCUAUCGUCUUCGUCGGCAUCUACCACUUCGAAGAGCAACUUCUCGGCCUUUCGUACUUGGGCAUUUUUUCCGGCGCUCUACUCAGCGUCUUUCCAUUCUUCGCUUAUCUCCGUUACAUCGUGGAGCCCCGCUACGCGCGAGGAGAUCCUGCGCCGGAGGAGCGCAUGCUCAUUGCGAGCUACGCCGCGCCCGUUGUCGCUAUUGCCUUGUUCUGGUUCGGCUGGAGCGCACGAGAGAGCGUGCACUGGAUCGUGCCUAUCAUCGGCACCUCUCUAUUCGGCAUCAGCAUACUCCUCAUUUGCAACAUCGUGCUCAACUAUCUGGCUGACGUCUAUCCGACUUACGCAGCCAGCGUUUUGGCUAGCAAUGGCCUCAUGCGUUCCGCAUUCGGUGCUACGUUCCCGCUGUUCGCGCACGCUAUGUAUGACAAGCUUGGAGUCGGAUGGGCCAGUACACUGUUGGGCCUUCUUGCGUGCGCGUUUGUACCCAUCCCGGUCUUUCUCUAUUGCUACGGAGAGCGCAUCCGCUUGAUCAGCAAGCGGGCUCGCCACGACUACGUUAACUGA